AUGUCUUCGCAGGCGUCGUUAUUCGAGUUGCUACCGAAUGAGCUGAUCGAUCAGAUCGUCCGCAACCUCUCUUCUGAUCCUCCUUCGCCCAUCCGAUUCGACCACCCCCCGAACUCUUGUAUCGUCAGGAGUGCCAGACGCGACCUGAAGAACUUAUCGCGGACAUCAUCGCGUUUCCUCGAUGUGAUACGACCGCGGCUUUUCGCUCAUUCCUGUUUUGAUCUCAAUGAUGCAGAGGGGUUCCUCAAGUUCAUCAAAGACUGGGAUUUGGGUCGAUGUGUGACAUCGAUCGUGGUGAGGGGUCAUGUCUCUCCAGACAGCGAAGAUGACCCCUUCUGGUGGCGCAGGGUUCUCCACGAACUCAAUCCUCGGCGCAUCACUCUCCUGGCACCCCCAUCUUUUAUUGGAGCAACCCUUGGUACCAGCAUCAUGGAUGGGCAUAACUGGGCUUUCCAAAUACCCCUUCAAGCUCUGCAGCUAGAGCAGGAAGAACCGCAGGAGACGCCUUCAUCUUCCCAAGUUGAAGCUUGUUCCAGUCUCUUGUCAGCUCGGACAUGGUCAUCAUUGCUCUUCAACGAGGCAUCAUCGUUGAAGGCUUAUAAUCAUUACGAGUAUUUUCUUUUCCAGGUACCCUCGGUAUUCAAUCGCUGGGGCUCGCUGGCGCCUGUACGGAACCACCCGGAGGGUGUUCCCUUGUCCCUUUCGCUCAACAAGUUGACAUCAUUCCGAUAUACCGCAGUGUUUCCAUUCUAUAAUCACGUCAAGCUAGUGCUGGACGCUGUAACGUUGAUGACAAAUCUACGAUCACUAAGUGUUCAGCUGGCGCCUUGUUCGGAUGACAAGGUCAUCGAGUUGGAGCAGAGGGGCUCGAUGGAUCCAAGCGAUCCCUGGAUGGAACUUGCGACGGGUUAUACCCUGAUUGCGCACGCUGUCCGGGAUAUGGGAAGCAGAGCCAAACUCCUCUGUUUCUGUGCCUCCGACUAUACAUGUGACGCCCUUCGGCCCGAAUUGUCUACCAUCUUAGGGGAUGUGCUUGACCAUAGCGAAUGGGUUCAUGAUGGAUAUGGAACGUGGACCAAGGGGACCAAGGGGACAAAACUGAAAUUAGGGGGUCUUUAA